ACAGUCAGCAGGCAGCACGGAUCGAACACCGGAAUCAUCGAUCGGCCGCUGCUUACAAACAAACACAAAGAGUGGGAACCGGAGAGUCACCGGAGAGUCACCGGCAGCACGGAGGCACCGCGGUGACAGCAGGUUCUAGCUGACUCCUGUCUGAUGGUGGAUCUUCUGUGGUUCUCUGAUUCUGUAUCUCAGCAGAAUGUCAGCGAUGCUGCAGCUCCCCCUGGUGGUGACAGCUCAGGUGGACCUGGUUCUGGUUCUGGUUUCCCUGCUGGCCCUCUGGACCAGACUGAGCCGCCUGAGCUACCCCAACGCUGUGGUGUUCGAUGAGGUCUACUACGGACAGUUCGUGUCUCUCUACAUGAAGAGGGUGUUCUUCAUCGAUGACAGCGGGCCGCCGCUCGGCCACAUGAUCUUGGCGCUCGGAGCAUACCUGGGAGGCUUCGAUGGGAACUUUGUGUGGAACAGAAUCGGAGCAGAGUAUCCCAGCAGCGUCAGUGUGUGGAGUCUGCGGGUUCUACCAGCUCUGUGUGGAGCUCUCUGUGUUCCUCUGGUCUACCUGCUGACUCUGGAGCUGAGGUUCUCUCACCUGUCGGCUCUGGGAGCUGCUGUUCUGCUGCUGCUGGAGAACUCUCUGAUUGUCCAAUCACGGUUCAUGUUACUGGAGUCGGUUCUCAUCUUCUUGGUUCUGCUGGCGUUCUUCUCGUACCUGCGCUUCCACAAUGCCCCCACCAGCUCCUGGUUCCGCUACGUCUGGCUCCUCCUCUCAGGCGUCUCCUGCGCUGCAGCCAUCGGGGUGAAGUACAUGGGCCUGUUCUCCUACCUGCUGCUGCUGGGCGUGGCCUUUCUGCACACCUGGAACCUGGUUGGAGAUCAAUCUGUCAGUCAUCUGAAUGUGUGUGUGCAGUGUGUGUGUAGAGUUGUGUGUCUGCUGGUGGUUCCUGUUCUGCUCUAUGUGUUCUGGUUCUACCUCCACCUGAGCCUCCUGAACCGCAGCGGACCACAUGACCAGCUGAUGAGCUCCGCCUUCCAGGCCAGCCUGCAGGGCGGUCUCUCCAGGAUCACUCAGGGUCAGCCUCUGGAAGUCGCUUAUGGCAGUCAGGUGACUUUACGAAGCUCCGCCUCCCAGCUAAUCCCCUGCUGGCUCCACUCACACAAGGCGAACUACCCAGUCAGGUAUGAAAAUGGGCGGGGCAGCUCCCACCAGCAGCAAGUCACCUGUUAUCCCUUCAAGGACGUCAACAACUGGUGGAUCAUCAAACACCCUGGCAGACAGGAGCUAGUGGUGGACACGCCUCCUCGGCCUGUCCGUCAUGGUGAUGUCAUCCAGCUGGUUCAUGGGAUGACAUCACGCUUCCUAAACAGUCAUGAUGUCGCGGCUCCCAUGAGUCCUCACGCUCAGGAAGUUUCUGGCUAUGUGGACUUUAACGUCUCCAUGCCGGCACAGAACCUGUGGAAGGUGGAUAUCUCCAACAGGGAGGCGGAGUCAGAGGUGUGGAAGACGAUCCUGUCUGAGGUCCGAUUGGUCCACGUAAACACCUCCGCUGUCCUAAAGCUGAGUGGUGUGUCUCUCCCAGAGUGGGGUUUCCGUCAGCUGGAGGUCGUAGCAGAGAAGCUGUUCAAAGCUCACGGCAGCAGUUUGGGAUGGAACGUGGAGGAACAUCGCUAUGGAACCAGUCAGGAGCCGAAGGAGCGGGAGGCGGAGCUUCACUCUCCAACACACAUCGACGUCGACCGAAAAAUUUCUUUCUGGGCCAAAUUUUUAGAGCUACAAUGGAAGAUGCUGGCUGUGAAGCAGGAAGAGUCGGAGCACAAGUACAGCUCCGCACCCCUGGAGUGGAUCACCAUGGAAACCAACAUCGCAUACUGGCUGCACGCAACUACCAAUGCUCAGAUCCACCUGAUUGGUAACCCGGUGUCAUGGGGCGUGGCCAACCUCAGCCUGCUGGCCUAUCAGCUGCUGGCAGCUGUGUACAUGCUGAGGAGGAGGCGGGGCUUCAAAGACCUACCUGAUGGUACACACAGACAAGCAGACAGCUGUGUGGGACCAGUUUGUGUGUCUGGGGUGUGUGUGUGUCGGUGGUUGGGUGGUGAACUUUGUUCCGUUCCUGCUGAUGGAGAAAACUCUGUUCCUGUAUCACUACCUGCCUGCCCUGUGCUACCUGUACCUGCUGAGCCCCGCCCUGCUGGAGCACACACACACACACCUGCUCAGCAGUGUGACACACCGCUGUGCGCUGUGUGUGUGUGUGUCUGCCGUGCUGCUGUCCGUCUUCGUGUCCUACAGGACGUUCUGCCCGCUGACCUAUGGCAGCCCGGAGCUGUCGGCCAAUCAGCUGCGAGGAUUGAGGUGGAGGGACACCUGGGACAUCCUGUACCGCCGCCGCUAGAGACACCUGGAUGCACCCGAACACACCCUCUGAUGUCAGACCGAAGCCCUGCCCCUUCACGAUGUGGAUGAUUGACAGCUGAUUUAACGUUUUAAACUGUAAUAAAAUGUAAUGUUUUCCUUCCUGCUCCUCUGGUUUUAUCUUCACUGACCUGUUUCAUCCACUGACGUGUCGUUCUGCUGGUUCUCUGCUGUUCCCAUCAUUUUGUUUGUGACAGUCACUGACAAUAAAGUUCUAAAAAAAAGACCAAA